AUGCGUAUACUAGAGAAUGUAUUCGGAAUGCUUGGAAUCGUAUUCUUUUCAUUUCAAUUGGUUCCGCAAGCAUACAAAAACUGGCGACGUAAGAGUACAGAAGGAUUAUCAAAAGAGAUGAUGCUCAUAUGGUCCCUCGCUGCGAUACUCUUUGGAGCAUAUGCAAUUAUUCUCUCUCUAUCGAUACCUCUGAUAAUACAACCGCAACUAUUCUGUGGAUUUUCAGUCCUCUGCUAUGUUCAAUGUUUGUACUAUGAUAAAGCAGCCCACGACGUUGGGAGCCCAAAGAGGAUAUUAAAGUAUGGAUUUAUAUACCUUGGGUGGAUGCUAAUACUAGGGGGAAUACAAGCAGCCGGAGUCAUAGGAGUACGAGCUGCUAAUGAUAAAGGAAUAACGUGGGUUGAGACGACAUUGGGCAUUCUGCCAACUGUUACGAUUAUACUUGGAUUUGUACCUCAGUACUAUGAAAUAUUUCGGGACCGAAUAGUCCAUGGAAUAUCUUUAGGAUUCAUGGCACUCGACAUAUUGGGUUCGGUCUUCUCUAUUCUGAGCAUAGCAUUCCGCCCACCCCCACUUGAUAUAUUAGCUGCGAUUACAUUCCUAUCUAUAUUUGUGGCUGAUGUGAUUAUCGUAGUCUUACAUUAUCUUUUGCGAUGGCUGGCAAAGCCCAAUAAAGAGACGAAAGUAAAGCGCAAUGAUCAUGCCUUAUCUGCUAAUUGGAACAUUACAUCGAUGUUAGGCGUCACUAGUCGCGCCCUUUAUUUUAUUUUAUACUUCCCACGCCCACGUCCAUUUGGCAUGACACAUUUCACAUUACGUGAAACUUUACGUGAUAGUGAACAAGAACGAGAGAGACUUGCAUCAAUACUCGAAAAAAGUAAUGAAGAAUUCGAACAACUAAAAUCAACAAAAGAAAAUGAAAUUCUCGAAAUUAAAACACAAAUUGAAAAAAUUCAUCAGGAAAAUCACAAAAUCAAAGCGCAAAACGAGGACCUGAUUAAGAAAUUGAAACAACAACGCGCAACGGAAGAACAGCAGUUAAAAGAAAAGCACAAACUCGAAGAACAAUUGAAAGGACUUCAAGAUGAAAGUUCAAUCUUACGAUCCGAAGGCAUUAAUAUUCGGAGAGAAAACGAAAGCCUACAAAAAGAAAUAAUUGAUAAAGUCUCUAGUCUACAAACAAAAGAUAAAAAAAUAAAGGAAUUGCAAAGUGAAGCAUCGGAAUACCAAGCGAUAUUAGGUGACACACUUAAUGUCAAUGACAAUGCCACCACAAGCUCCUCUCAAAUUCCGUCAGACAUGACGUCUCUAGCCGCAUCACUUAGGCAAUUUUGUAAAUUCACAAAGCCAGUAAUAGUCAAUGAACAGACGCUUGAUAAAACGCUAUCAGCAUGGAAAAUCUCAAAGGCCAAAAGCCGACUAAGGGCCAAGAAUCAGUUUUCUAACGCUGUUCAGGGAGACGCUAUUAGAUUCAUCUCUUCAGAAUUAACGAAAUAUCUCGCACGCGAUAACGCUCGCUUCGACUCGUACAAGAAUCCCGAUCACAAGUUAGAACACGAGAUUGUUUCUUUAACUGAUCAAUUGACCAAAAAAAUCGACCGAUUUCUCAAAGUACAUAAUGAUGUUAACAAGGUCAGAAAUUUGACAGCGGUAAAAGUCAGACAACUGGUAUAUGCCGUGCUCGCCUUACAUUCCUUUACGGACAAGCAGCAUCCAUUUGUCAAGGAUACUGUCGGAUAUCUGAUGCGGGGGAUGAAUAAGGCUCGGGAACUGCCAAAGGAUAUGGUCCUCGACUCGGAAAAUUGCGCGGCAAACAUUAUCCAACUAUGCGCGUCGUUAUUUUACUUCAAAUUGAGGAUGACUGAACCAGAGGCAGAGCUAUUUUGGGUCCCUCAAGGAGCUGAGUAUGAUGACAGGCGUAUGGUAGCCGAUGGGGCUACGGAAGGGGAAUUGGAUCAUGCCCGUGUGGAAUACUGUUUGUCUCCAAUGAUCAGGCUGCCCGACACAUAUCUGGUAAUGGGUCCGGCGAGAGUGAUUCUUGCCCAAGCCGAUGGGGCAUGA